GGUCUGUCCCCAUGGCCAGCACCUGUCCAUGGCCAGAGUCCCGUGGCUUUGGGACAGUGCGGGCAGGGAGCGGGCAGGGAGCGGGCAGGGAUGCAAGCAGACGUACCGGCAGAUAGGGCAGAGGUGCGGGCAGGGAGAAGGCAGAGUGCGGGAGCGUGGUGCAGGCAGAGGGGAGGGAGGGGGACAGGGAGGGAGCAGGGAGGGAGCAGGCAGGAGGACAGGGAGGGAGCAGGCAGGGAGCAGGCAGGGAGCGGGCAGGGAGCGGGCAGGCCGGGGCCGGGUGUCCGGUGCGGGCAGCGGCAGCCCCGAGCUCCCCGCUCUUUCCGCCCGCGGCUGUGCCCAGAGCCCGCCCCGGCCGGGGCCGGACCCGGACGUCCGAGAGCGACUCAGCUUCGCUUUCGCUUCACUCUGCUCCGCCGAGGCGGCGUGGGCCCGGAGCCGGCGGGGAACGGGCUGUGCCCCGAUCGCCGCUCCACGGAGGGACGGAGAGGGCUCCGGGCACAGACCUCCCCAGAGCCCAUCGAUGUCGCCGCGCCUACUCAGGGCGGUGGGCUGGGGCUCGGCGGCCGUGCUGGGACUGCUGACGGUGGUCGUCUUCGUCCUGGUCCUGAUCCCGGCAAAGGAUGCUGUCCUUCCUACCAGAAUCAAAUACGGCCUGGUGUUUGACGCUGGCUCCACACACACCUCCCUCUACAUCUACCGGUGGCGUGCGGACAAGGAGAAUGGCACUGGCAUUGUGUCCCAGGUGGAGGCCUGCUCUGUGUCUGGACCCGGCAUCUCCAGCUACGCAGACGACCCCGCGGGGGCUGGCGCCAGCCUGAAGCCUUGCCUAGACAGGGCCAUGAAGAUCGUCCCGGCCGAGCAGCAGCGGGAGACCCCCACGUACCUGGGGGCCACGGCCGGCAUGCGGCUGCUGAGGGAGGAGAACAGCACCAAGGCCGAGCAGGUCUUGGCCGAGGUGUCCAAGGCCAUUGGGGAGUACCCUGUGGAUUUCCGUGGAGCUCGGAUCCUGCUGGGGAGCGAGGAGGGUUCCUUUGGCUGGAUCACUGUCAACUACCUGCUGGAGACACUGGUCAAGUUCUCGUUUGCAGAGAAAUGGGAACAUCCCCAGGACGCUGAGGUUCUGGGAGCUCUGGACCUUGGCGGUGCCUCGACGCAGAUCACCUUCCAGCCCGGGGUCCCCGUGGAGGACAGGAACACGUCUGUGUUCUUCCGGCUCUACGGCACCAACUACUCCCUGUACAGCCACAGCUACCUGUGCUAUGGGCAGAGCCAGGCCCUGAAGAUGCUGCUGGCAGCUCUGCACCAGGCCAGCUCGAGUGCCCAGAUCAUCCACCCCUGCUACCCCCAGGGGUACCAGGAGAACAUCACCGUGGCAGAGCUCUAUGACAGCCCCUGUGUGCGUGCACCAAGCUCAGCCAGCCCUGGCCUUGUCCUCACGGUGACGGGGACAGGGGACCCAGCUGCGUGUGGCACGGCCGUCCGGAGACUCUUCAACUUCAGCUGCAGGGCGCAGGGGCCGUGCGGGUUCAAUGGGGUCUAUCAGCCCCCCGUGCGGGGACAGUUCUUCGCCUUCUCAGGGUUUUAUCACAGCCUUCACUUCCUGAACCUGACAGGAGGGCAGUCCUUGAGCUUGGUCAAUGCCACCAUCAGGCAGAUAUGCAACAGCAGCUGGAAACAGGUGCAGGAGUUGUUCCCCACGGCAAACAGGACCCAGCUCCGUGACACCUGCACAGCCAGCUCCUACAUACUCACCCUCCUCCUGCAAGGCUACAAAUUCAACAUCACAACAUGGCCUAGCAUCCACUUCAUCCGGCAGGUUGCUAACAUAGAUGUGGGCUGGACUCUGGGCUACAUGCUCAAUCUCACCAACAUGAUCCCCUCGGAGCCUCGCACAGCAGUCACAGAGCUCCCGACAAGCAUCUGGAUAGCAGCCACAGUUCUGCUGGCCAUCAUGCUCAUCCUCAUCUUCUGCCUGCUCACAGCCAUGUGCUGCCAUAGAAACUCCUCGGGCUAUGAGCAGCUGUAGCAGCGCUGCCUCCAGAGGCUGCCGAGGCCAAGUCCUGCUGCCACACCUCUGCAAGGAGCUGCUUCCCGAGAAUCACCCCUGCGUGCCCAGGGGCCACGGACUUGUCCUGGGGGGCCCUGAGUCCUGGCCUGGUGAGCUGGAACUGGCACAGCUGUAAAACACCCUCCUCAUAGCUGUGUGC